UUCUUGCGACCGAGAUUCGGCGAUAUGCAGGGUCCCGGUCAACGGCGACACCCCGGUGAAGACUUUCGGGCGGCACAAGGCACAUGUUUAUUGGCUACAGGAAAAGUUUUCGCUGAUGGUGCUCUUGGCUCUGCGAUAAGACAAGAUAAGCACUGCGGAUCAUGUUGGAUGUAUUGAGGAGGAGAAUAACCACACCAGAAAACGUCACAAGAAAACGUAUAAGUACCGUCAUUCCCAAGCCUGAAAUACGUAUGCCCAUUCCAGCGGCCGAUCCUACUAUAUAAACGUCUAAUAAUAAGGUGAUUCGUAUCGAGAUCCUCACUAUGAAGUCCUACAGUAUUGCAACUGCUGUUGUAUUAGUAUCUGCUGUAGUUGGAGAAACAAUUCAUGGCGUGACUGUCUUUACCAGGCACGGCGAUCGGAACUCGAAGCAUUAUUCGGGGUAUCAAUUGUCUCCUCUGGGCAUCACCGAGAACUUUGAGGUCGGCUCCGAUUAUCGCGACCUUUACAUCGCAGCCGGCUCUCAGAAGCAGAUUUUAGGAAUCUCCAACUCGAAAUAUGUUCCAUCACAGGUGUAUGCCAGCGCUCCAGAUCAGCAGGUCCUCCUUAAUACGGCUACUGCCUUCCUUCAGGGUCUAUACCCACCCCUUGAGGACAUGAAUGAAACCCCUCUAGCAACGCAAUCAAUCAACAAUGGCAGUUCAUACACAAAUCCCCUGAAUGGCUAUCAAUAUGUUGUCCUACAUGGCGAGGAUGUGAACUCCCCCGAUACUAUUUGGCUUAAAGGCGACGAAGGCUGCCCUGCGGCUAUUGAAGCAAAAGGCACUUUUGAAGAGUCCUCUGAAUUCCUUACCUUCAACGAAUCUACCAAGACUUUUUACUCCCAGUUCUGGGAUGUCCUCAAGAACGUUUACGAUUAUAAGCCUGAACUAUUAAGCUACGAGAAGGCUUAUGAUAUCUUCGACCUCAUCAACGUUGCCAAUAUUCACAACACAUCAUUCACUAGCGAUGUGACUUCAGAGCAACUCUUCCAGCUCCGCACACUAGCCGACUCUGCUGAGUUUGGCACCAACUACAAUCGAACCAUGCCGGCGCGUUCCAUUGGCGGAGAGACACUACUAGGAGGCAUCUUCACACAGCUCAAUCAAACUGUUUCCUCUAAAGGGAAACUUAAGUUCUCUCUCUUAGCUGGCAGCUACGAUAAUUUGAUGGCCAGCUUCGGCGUCAUGAAUUUGACCUCUGCAAAUACGGACUUUUUCGGCUUACCCCAUUAUGCAUCAACUAUGUCUUUUGAACUCUUCACUACUGCCGACAUAACAACUUUCCCCUCUAAUACCGAUGAUCUGAACGUGCGCUUCUUGUUCAGGAAUGGCUCUAAUGCCGGAAGCCAGCCCACUGUAUAUCCUCUCUUCGGUGGUUCCGCGCUUUCUCUUUCCUGGAAGGAAUUCUCAGUCCAGAUCAAGCAAAGAGCAAUCACGUCAGUGGGUCAGUGGUGCUCUGCUUGCAACGCCACGCAAUCGUUCUGUCCUGCACUUUCAACGACAGCAGUUACAGAAGCAGCGGCCGGAAGUAGUGGAAGUGGAAUGUCGAAUGCCGUUGCAGGAGUGGUUGGGGCUAUGGUCACCGUUGGUGUAGCGCUAUUAGCUGGAUUUGUAUUCUGGUUGGCGCGGAGGAGACAGAGCGCAAGAGGUACGGCUGCUACGCAUGUGGAGGCGGCCCCACAGAUAGAGAAGACAAAGAGCCUCGAGAGUGGAAGUACCUAGAUAUCAAUUAAGGAAGUAGCACAGUCAGCUCCGGAAACGUCA